AUGGGUGAUUCGCCAGCAAGUGUCCCGAAAGCCGGGACACCGGAUGUACGCAAUUAUUAUGAAGAGGUUAAUAAAAAUCAGAUGAUAUUUGAUGAAGAAUUUGGGUUUUUGCAAAAACAACGUAAACGACCAUUGCUAGAUGAGGAAAGAUACGAGAUGAUCAAGGAUCACUUGAACCCAAAACCUCUAAAGAAAUACAUCCCAAUCUUGGAAUGGCUUCCGAAUUAUAAUUUUAAGGAGACGUUGAUUAGUGAUUUAAUUGGCGGAUUAACAGUUGGGAUUAUGCAUGUUCCACAAGGAAUGGCAUAUGCAAAUCUAGCUGGAAUGAAGCCGGUAAAUGGAUUAUAUACCUCACUUUUUGCCCCGCUUGUUUAUAUGGUGUUUGGCACAUCGCGACAUGUAUCAAUAGGUGUUUUUGCUGUUGUGAGCCUUAUGGUCGGCUCGUGUAAUCUGAGGUUGACACAGCAGCUUUAUGAUGAGCGGUUUCCGGAUAAUUCCUCACAACUUAUUGAUGAGGAAGCCUUUGAAAAUUUGACGUAUGAUAUCCGGGUCGAAGUUGUAGGAUCAUUAGCGUUACUAGUUGGUAUUAUACAGAUCCUUCUUGGUCUACUUCAAAUGGAUUUCCUUACGAGCUUCUUGUCUGAUCAAGUCAUAAUUGGUUUUACCACGGGUGCUUCUGUUCACGUCUUUACGGCUCAACUCAACAAAUUACUCGGUGUCUCCUUGCCUAGGGUGACUGGAAUUGGCAAAUUGUUUGGGGUGUAUUCCGAAUUGUUCUCUUCAAUCAAAGCUGGCCACGCUAGUCUCUCAACAUUUUUAAUAUCCCUUACAACGAUUUUGGUGCUAUAUAUCGCAAAAAGUUGCAUCGAUCCGAUUAUCAAGAAAAAGUUGAACUCACGAAUCCCGGUGCCAUAUGAUCUCCUAGUGAUAAUUUUUGGUACGAUAUUUUCCUAUUUUCUACGCCUACACAGCACUUAUGGAAUUAAGGUUGUCGGUGAAAUACCUACCGGCUUGCCAAGCACUCAACUUCCAAACCCAGGCCUAUUCUCAUUAAUGUACAAAGAUGCGCUGGCCAUUGCCGUCAUCGUUCUGGUCAUUACCAUCUCUAUGGGUAAACUAUUCGCCAAGAAACAUAACUACAAAGUGGAUGCUAAGCAGGAAUUUUUCGCGCUCGGUAUUAUGGAGAGUUUAUGUUCGAUAUUUCCGGCGUGGCCAAGCAGUACAGCAUUGGCAAGAACUUUAGUCUACGAGGCGGCCGGGACCAAGACACAAAUUGCCACUGUAUUUUCAAGCUUGUUACUACUUACUAUAAUUUUCUUUGCUGGCCCUUUAUUAGAGGAGUUGCCAGUGUGUCUCCUGUCUUGUAUAAUUAUCGUAGCGUUAAGAGGUAUGUUUAAGCAACUCGAUCAAAUACCAAUACUGUGGAAACGCAAUAAAAUCGAUGCGUGUUCAAUUCUGGUGACUUUUAUCGCCACUUCUGCCCUCGAUAUUGUGGAAGGAUUGGCGAUAGGUGUUGCUUUCGAACUGGUUGCACUUAUCAUGCGGAUUCAACGGUCUAACUUCACGGAAUUGGGCCAUAUGAGUCAUCAAAAAGAUCGUGACUAUUAUAGAUCACUGAAGAAAUAUCGAAAAUUGAACCUCUCUUCUUCAGAGAAAAAUGGGGAAUCAGACCCGUUGCGGGAUCGUUCUAUAAAACUUGACCUGGAGAAGAAAGUAUCAACAAUCAGCAUAAAGAAAACGUUGAUCCAAGUUCGAACCGUUGUAUUGGAUAUUUCUGGAAUACCAUUUGUCGAUCAAAUGGGGGCAACUUGUUUAAUUGAAGCGUUCCUCGAGUUACAAAAAGCCGAUAUCCAUCUUCUUUAUGUCGCGCCAAACGAUGGCGUCUUGGCGUUGGUCAAACAAUUGGAAGCGUUCGAAAAAGCAGACAUGGUGAAUUAUAUCUUCCCAUCAAUGUCCGAUGCUGUCGAGGCGGAUGCAAACGGAAUCCUAAACUCCAAGACCACA